ACCUGGUUUGUCUGUUUCGCGUCCUUUCAGCCGGCGACCCGGCCAGCGCGGUGCGGUGAGGCCACGGGGCAGCGGGACGCCGGGCUGCAGCCGGGGCGUGGCGGGAGGAUGAGCGGCACCGGCGCCAGGGCCAGCCACCGCACGCAGCCGGUGGUCAAGAGCGUGCUGGUGUACCGCAACGGGGACCCCUUCUUCGCGGGCCGCCGCGUCGUCAUCCACGAGAAGAAGGUCUCCAGCUUCGACAUCUUCCUGAAGGAGGUGACGGGCGGCGUGCAGGCGCCCUUUGGGGCCGUCAGGAACCUGUACACCCCGCGGACCGGGCACCGCAUCCGCAAGCUCGACCAGAUCCAGAGCGGGGGCAACUACGUGGCCGGGGGCCAGGAGGCCUUCAAGAAGCUCAAUUACUUGGACAUUGGAGACAUCAAGAAAAGACCAAUGGAAAUUGUUAACACAGAGGUAAAACCAGUAAUCCACAGCAGGAUCAACGUGUCAGCUCGAUUUAGAAAACCACUUCAGGAACCCUGUACUAUCUUCUUGAUUGCAAAUGGAGACCUCAUAAGCCCAGCAUCUCGCCUCCUCAUCCCUAGAAAAGCCUUGAACCAGUGGGAUCAUGUGCUACAGAUGGUCACGGAAAAAAUAACUCUGAGGAGUGGGGCUGUUCACAGACUUUAUACUUUAGAAGGAAAACUGGUUGAAAGUGGGACAGAGUUGGAGAAUGGACAGUUUUAUGUGGCUGUUGGCAGAGAUAAGUUUAAGAAAUUGCCUUACAGUGAAUUACUUUUUGACAAGUCAACCAUGAGAAGGUCUUACGGUCAGAAAGCUUCUUCACUGCCUCCUAUUGUGGGAUCCAGAAAGUGUAAAGGGAGUGGAAAUGAUCGCCAAUCUAAGUCAACUGUGGGAUCCAGUGACAACUCAUCUCCUCAGCCCCCAAAGAGGAAAGGGAAAAAAGAGGAUGUGAAUUUAGAAAAACCCACAAAAGGAAAACAAAAUCUAAAGUUAAAGAACUCACCACAACCAGUUCCAGACAGUGAUGAAGGCAUUUUCAAAGCUGGAGAAGAAAGAUCUGAAACUCGGGGGGCAGCAGAAGUCCAAGAAGAUGAAGACACUCAGGUUGAGAUUCCAGUUGAUCAGAGGCCAGCAGAAAUUGUAGAUGAGGAAGAAGACGGAGAGAAGGAAAGCAAGGAGGCAGAAGAGAAAGAAGAGUUUUCAGGAAUGAAUGGUGAAGUUGAAGAGGAAGGAGCUGGGGAGGCUACAGCUGCCUCUGAGCAAGCAGAGGAGAUGCCGGGGCACAGGGAAGAGCAGGGAAGAACCACUCGUGUUAAUGGAGGCACUGAUGAAGAAAAUGGUGAGGAAAUGGAUCCUGUCAGUAACGAGCUUCAGGAGGCAGUGGAUGAGGAAACAAAGUCUCAAGGAGCUGGCAGUGAACAAGAGGAGGCUGACUUAGACCCUCAAAGACCACCAAGGCCAGAAGUAAAAAUCACUGGUCCACAAGAAAAUGAGGACAAUGAACAAAACAAAGACUAUGCUGUCGUAGCAUAGAUGAUUUUUAAAAAGAGAGUGUAUUGAUUAUAAGAAAAAUGAAGGGCUAUAAUACUUGAAUAAUAAGGAUAUAGUCCUUGUAAAACAUGAUGUGACAAUACAGUUGAAAACUACCUACUGAAUUUUUAAAAUUAGAGAUUUAUUGGAAAGACCAGAUAACUUUGAAUAGCUACUAAAGGAGAGUGACUUCUCAUUAUGGGAUGUGUUUUUAGAAGUCAUUUAGAAAAUUAAGAGAUCUAGAUGGAGGAGAAUUUGACCUGGAAGACAGUUGGGUACUUGUUUUUGUAAAGGAUGAAAAAGAAUGGAAUUACUCCUAUUGUAUACUUUUAAAAAAAUUUAGAAGUGAGAUUAUUAGAUGGCAGCCUAUGAGAAAGCACUUAUCUAAAAAGGCAUAGAAUUUUAAAUGAUAAUAAGAAAGCAGCUUAACAAUAACCCACAACCGUCGGAGGAAAGCAUGUACUAUUUUUAAAGCAAUAAACUAUUGAAUAAACAAUUUAUAAUUUAGUUUCAGAGAUAAUUUGGAAAUGGCAGUAGAUUAAAGUGUUUCCAUGACUGUUGUAUUCCAUUCUUUCUUCCUCCUUAGCCAAAAUCCACCUUAAAAGAAUUAAAAAGAAGGCAAGAUACUCAUUUUGGAAGGGGGAAAUAUUCAUUCAGUGUAUUAGUGAUUAAUAUUGUUCCUCCCUUAAGAGCUUCAGGUUUUAAUCCUUGUGGCUUUCAUAACACAUAACUCAGGAAGGAAUUAUAAAAGAACAUCCAGUUAUAGAACUGAGCCUAGAUUGAUGGUUUGCAAAUUCUGGCAUUCUAUGGAUUUUCAGUGACCCAAUCUACCUUUACCAAUAAUAUACCUCUAUUCUUCCUUAUGUUAGGGAACUCAAUAUUGGCUAUUCCAAAGAUUGGAUUUGCUCCCAUUUAUUACAAAAGGAAAAUGUAGGCUUAUGAAGAAUCUGUCACUGCUCAAUUUCACUUGCUUUUUGCCUUAUUUCUAUUAGGACUGCCUUGUCAUAUUUUGUCCCUAAGGGUAUCAGCAAAUAUUUAUUUUCAAGCCAGUUAUAUUUAGACUUUCUAGCAGAUUCCUUUCUGUAUAAUUAGAAGUAAUCUGAUAGAAAUUGUUGAAAAAAAGUUUUAAAAUUAUCAUAAUGAAACCAGUUCCAAUUACUAGUUUGUGGACUGAUUAUAUUUACUUACAAUUGCCUUGUUAGGUAUAUAUGGAGAAAAGCAUAGUUGUAUUAGUUUGUUUUUUAAUUCUCAAGAGAUAAGGCAGUUUUUCCUUAAAUAUAGAAUUAAUAUAUUUUUGUAAUAUUAAAGAAUAUUUUUAUGUAGAAAUUAUAAAUUUGAAAUUUAAAUUGCUAGAGCUUUCAUAUAAUUCAUUAUCAAUCAUAAAUUUAAAAUAUUUUCCCUGCGAGAUUAUAUAAUAAACCAUUUGGAGUCAGAGUAGUUAUAUAAAGUACUGAAUAAUGCUAUAGAAAAUGGAUGUAUUUUUUUCUAGCAGCUAUUUUAAUACUUUCCACAAAUAGGAAGUAGAAGGAGACACCAUAAUGUAUGUAACAGUAUUGGAAAGAGACAAUGAUAUAAGAGUAUAUUAAUCUGGGAAAAUAAAUUAUAAAUGGGGCACUAUAUUUCUAGUUUAAAAUCUAGACUGUGCUGUCUAGUAAUAGGCGUAUUUUUCAGAUGGGACAAUACAGCACCAUAGGCUACACGCAAUAAUCUUGUGCUGCUAGGGAAAUGGACUACGUGUUUUUUUAAUGUUAAAUUCCCAAACUAAUACUGGGCCUGGGGUUAAUUAUUUUAAGUCAUUUAUGAAAAUAAUAGAUUAAAUAUAAUAAAUUAUAACUAUUUGUCAAGGUUAUUCCUUCUCUUUUCUUUAAUGAGUUUUUUCUUUCUCUUUUCUUUUUUUAAUAUCAAUAUUCUGUGUCUCUUUUUUUUCCUUUCCAUCAUACUAUAAAGCUUAGAUUUGCAGGAACCUUUUAGAAUCAUCUUAAUGGAAAACAAUGUUAUUUUACAUUAAAACCCAAGUUUGGCAUUUUAAAUAUAUUUCAAGAAGGUGAUAGUCCACAAUAACUGGAGAAAAAAAAUUGAAAAGUGGGGAUGUGGUACUUCUCUUGUAUAUGCGUAUAUACUAGAGGGGAUGAACAAUUAAUCACUUUUAAAAAAAGAUUGAAAUAUGCUGUCUAACCAUGGAAGAAAUCAUUCACAGAGAAUGAAAAUUGUGGACACGAUUUUGGAGAUGACUUUAACAUAAAUAAUGAAAGUUAAUUCACCUUCCAAAUGUUGAAAUUUGUGUGUAUGUGUGGGUAUGGUGCUCUCGGUGACCUCAGAGUAGUUCCACAAAUUGAGCCACUGACAGAUUUGAGGCCAUUAUGCGAAUGAGCAAUAGAGAUGUUUAUUUGGCUUUGGGUAUUGUUUUAUAGAGAGAGGGUGCUAUGAAUAUUCAUAUAGCUUUUAUGUGAUAACCAAUAAAAGGCUUUAAGAUAUUUGUUUUUAAUGAUAGAUUUAUUUUAAUUUUAUGGAACUCUUAUUAAUCUUAAUUUGGUUUAUGACAUUCAUAAACAAGUGGUUUGUUGGUUGAAUUGGAACAUUAGGAGUUCUUCAGAUUAAAUAAAGGAGAUGUUAACUGAAAUCAUUUUCAUAGUAAGGAUGUUUCACCUGUCUUAGGGUCUUUUAAAAUAACUAUUGAGAAUUCAUGGCCUUCUAGUUAUAAAACACAAUACUAUGACCAUAAGGUAAUUUUGUUACUCAUUUUUUUCCUAUGGCCAUAGGGUCACUUUUUAUUCAUUAAAAACAAAGUUUGUAGCCGAAACCGGUUUGGUUCAGUGGAUAGA